GCAUUUGUGGUCCGCGAAAAGCGCGAAAAGUUUCAAGUUUGUUUUUAUUUUACGAUAUUUCCAAAGUCAAUGGAUAUAUUUCUAACAUUACAGUUAUUGUGAAUUUAAGCUUUAUAGUUAUACCGGAAAGCAGAAGGCAUGAAGUUUCGUGGUGUGAUGAUAGAUGCAGGCCCGAUGAGAGAAUUCACAAAUAUUGUGACAACAAUAUCAAAGUUGUCAAAGGAGUGUGUGUUACGAUUGUCUGAUGACAAGCUGUACUUCAUAGUUAGCGAAGAAAACAGUGGUCCAGCACCGCCUGUGUUAUGGUGUGAGAUACCACAAGCUAUAUUCUUCUCUGAGUAUCAAAUGAUUGGUAUUGAUGAAGAGCAUAAGGAUAUUUAUUUAGGCAUCACAUCAGCAAAUCUAGCAAAAUCUUUAGUAACACUGAAAUCAGCGAAGACGUUGAAGAUGAAAUUAACAAAGAAGCAGUGUCCAUGUUUAACAUUAGAAAUUGAUAUGCCCUCAGUAACCUCUCAGCAAACAAGACAGGUGAUACAUGACAUCCCUGUAGUAGUGGUGCCCAGGAAGUUGUGGACUGAGUUUCAUGAGCCUAGGGUACAAACACCCGAUCUCUCAAUAGAACUGCCGACCCUCAAGCAGCUGCGUACAACAAUAGACCGAAUGCGAACCAUGGCACAAGAAGUGGUGAUCCAAGCUUCAGCAGAAGGCUGGCUCACUUUGCAGAUCAAGACAGACAUUGUCAAAGUUUGCACGUGGUUCAAGGAUUUGAGAGUUGAAGCUUUUGAAGGACCAAUUGACGAUUCAGACUCCGAAAGCGAAAGCCGAAUAAACGAAGACAUGUCCAAAGUAUGCCACUGUAGAGUUGACGCGAAGAAGUUUUCAAUGUUCUUGAGUGCGGACCAGAUCUCACAUAACAGGACCAUUUGCAGCAUAGUGCAUAAAAAGCUAGUGAUAUUGUGCUUACACACACAGGAAGAUGUGAAGUUACAGUGCUUUAUUACAGGGAUUGUGUACUAACCAGACUUUUUUUUAAAUUCUUUGUUCUUGACUGAUUUUACCUGAUGUUAAGACUAAGCGUAUGCUAACAGUUGACAUGCAGGCAACGUAGCACAGCACAGUGCAGAUAUUGCAGGGCGGGGCAGGGCAGUUGAGACAGACAUAGGCCACGAGCGUAUUCGGCGAUGCAGGUGAGCGACAGACUCAUAUGCUGAGACGCAGCUAAGUGACACAGACUCGUUCGAAUUAAUUGAUGUUAGCGACCUGCCCCGGCUUCGCACGGGUAGCUUAUUACAAUUUUCGUAAGGAUCUCUAUUUUUUUUUUUUUAUAAAAAAAAAUAUACUGUGUUACUCAGGAACAAUGUUGCUUUCUACUGGUGAAAGAAUUUUCAAAAUCGGUUCAGUAGUUCUAGAGAUUACCUCCUAUAAACAAACUUUACCUCUAUCAUAUCGCGAUUCUAGCCUGUGCAUAGAAUACGUUUCUGAGUUGACGUGCAUGCGUCGCGUAGAAAUCUGUGCCGCAAUCGCAACGCGACGCAGAGCAGCGCAGACAAUAUCUGCAUCGCACGUGCCUGCGUCGUAGCGUGCGCAGCUGUCAGUACAUUCAUGCACAACCCCGCACUGCUCAGUCGUGUGUCAGCAUACGCUUAGUCACAAGUUGGACACAGUAUGCGUUGUUACAUAGUGAGUGCCGUGAACAUCAUCGGUAGGGCUUAGCAUAUCAUUACUUGGUGCUAUGAGCACCACCGGUAGACCUUAGCACGUCAUUACGUGGUGCUAUGAGCAUCACAGGUGGACCUUAGCCCUUAGCACAUCAUUACUUGGUGCUAUGAGCAUCACACUUGAUACAGCAACCGCCCCAAAGCGGGCGGACUAGCCGCAGCCACAGUUCACGACAAUCACGGGAUUUGUAACAAAACGUCGAUGCUUCGACGUCACUGCCAGGUGUCAAAUGUUCCUUCAUUUGACACUAGGUAGCCGGUAUGGUAGCCUAUGAAUCGCCUAUAUUUUUUUUGAUUUCACGUCACCCAUAGAAUAUUCGACAUAUUCAGGAUCAAACCUAGACUGUUCCCAGUCCGACAAGGCUCUUUUGACGCGUGGCCAAAAUCGGAACUAAAGCCGCCACCUUGAGAAGUUCACUUGUUGAUAGUUCGCUGUUUCGGCAUAAAGCUACAACAGCGCCCUCGCCCCUCACUCAAGUGCCAAAAGAGCCUUGUCGGACUGUAUUUCAAUCUGACGCAGCGAAGACAAGACGUAGUAUGGCGCUCUAUGGAACGAAACGAGCGUGCGAGGACGUUUAUUGUAUUUCGUUUCAUAAUAUAACGCCAUACGGUGUCUUUUCAGUAUAUUUCGCGCGCUGGGGCGCUUCCCAUAAUGUUAAGUAGAAGUAUGGAAUUUAUGCAAAAUAAAAAACUGAGUUUAUGAAAAGUU